CGUCGGUGUGCAAUCUAUCUUCCAUAAAGACAAGGCGACCGGUCUCGCGGAGGUAUGCGGAUAGGUUGGGGUACCGUAUAGUCUCAGCAUGGCGACGGGAAGAGAUGGUUCCAACUGUACUGCAAAUGGAUGAAGGGUUCACCCUCUCCUUGUUAAAACGCGCAAAGGAUAACGGCUUCGGCGUCCUGGUGAUCCCCUUGGACACAUGGUCCCUCGCUUGGCGACUGGCCGACUUGGACAAUGCCUAUGUUUUCUUCAUCACGGGCAUAGGCAAUGAGAUCGGCUUCACCGACCCCGUAUUUCGGGCCAAAGAUGAGAAGGAUUUUGGUUCGAAAGUGAGAAGAAGGUAUCGCAGGCGCCUCGAAAUCAUGGAUUUUGCAGAUAUUCAUCCGGUGCUCCGCAUACUUGGGAUCAGGUUGCUUUUCUGCGUGAGGAUUGGGAUGGUCCCCUGCUUCUCAACGGCAAUCAAAGCGGGGAUGACGCAUAACUUGCCCUAGAAGUGGGCUGCGACGGAGCCCGUCAUUUCCAAUCAUGGAGCCGACGAGUUGCUGGCGCCAUCGGCUUUCUAGAUGUACUUCCCGAGAUACUUGACGCUGUUGGGAACAGAUUGACGGUUCUUUUUUAUUCUGGGAUCCGAACGGGUGCGGAUGUUAUCAAAGCACUCUGUUUGGGAGCCAAGGCAGUUAUGAUUGACAGGCCAGUAAUCAUGGAUUCACUGAUUGGGUAUUGACGGGAAGGAAGGAGCAGGCAUCGUGAUAAGAGGGCUUCUGGCAGAUGUUUGGCAGAAUGUCGCUGAAUGCUACCGUGACAGGAUUCAAAAGGUGGUGCACCUUGGAGAUCAGCACGCCAUGAUGUAAAAGGUCGGACGGACUCUAACCCAGGUUAUCCUUGGCAAACAUGAUAUCGAAACAGUGUG